CGCCCUGGGGGUCCGCUGACACCGCCGGUGGGGGCGCGGUGGAUAACCCUGGCCAGGGCACGGGGCCGCGCUCGUGUCCUUGUCCCGCUUGGGCGGGUCGUACCCUUCGGUCGCCGUGACCGCGGGGAGCCCUGAAAAUACACCUGCGAUGAAGAAAUACUGCCAGCCGGGACUCGGGAGCCCGUCUCGGCCGGGCCUGGGAGGCCUCGGGUCGCCUGGUGCAGGGCCUGGGCAGCGCCGGGCCCGUGAAGCUCUGGGCGUGCAGAGCUGUGCCCGCCUUGGCCGGGAAGGCAGAGCUCGUCCCCUCUGCCCCGAGCUGCCGCCAAGGCAGGCAGGGUGGCCCUCCCUUCCCAGCCCCCGUGGGCCAGGAGGGUCUGACCCCGGGAGGUGUCAGAGCUCCAUUCUGGGUGCUCCCCGGUGUGACCCUGUGGAGCUGAGGGGACGUGAGUGUAAAGGAUCAUUACCCAGAGAAACCCACAUGGUCUUCCCAAACCUUUGCAUCUUGGCAGUACUCAAGUUUCCAAAAACUGAGGCGUUAAAUACAAGCCUAAAAAAUUGCCUUAAUGUUUCCCUCUGUGAACUAUGGCAUGCUGUACCUACAAGGAGGGCAGGCAGUAGUGCUGUGCAUCCCCUUGAGCAUGCAGAACCAGCGGGCGUUGUGCUCCUCAGCCACGGUGAGUAGGAGCCGUCUCUCCUGGGAGUGCAGGUGAUCUUCCCAGUCAUCACUCGCAUGGCCUGCACUGCCCAGUGCUGGCCUGGAGCCUCUGGAAGCUCGUGGGAUGCCCGUGCAGCCUCUUAUGGGGGUGCAGAAGGGCUCACGGUCACAUACCAUGAUGUGGUAUGUGCUGCAUCACAGUGUGGGUUCUGCCAGCACCUUUUGCCUUUUUCCUGGCUACAAGUGAUACAGGGCAUGUAACUGACACACUUGCACAUGUAACUAACAGCCAUUGGUCGAAUGUGUGUAUAUAUGUUGUUUCCUAGUUUGCUGAACUUGAAAUGAAUGGAGAGAGCUUUGGUAGCACUAGGCACUGUUUCUUGUCCAUUGGGUUUAUUGUCAUCAUCAGAAGAGUUUAGCAGUUGCAGAAUAACUGGGAUAUGAUGUACUGGAGUGUGUCUAGCAAAGGCCUGAUGAUUACGAGACUGGAGCAUCCGUUAUAUGAAGAGAGGCCGCGAGUGCUGGCACGGUUCAGCUGGGAGGAAAGGAGGCUCCGGGGGAUCUCAUCAGUGUUGAGCUCCUCUCCAACUGCUGCUGAAAAUGGCUUGGAUCCUAUUGAGGAGCCUCUUCUCAGAAAAAAUCCCCGCCGCUUCGUCAUCUUCCCCAUCCAGUAUCCAGACAUAUGGAAAAUGUAUAAACAGGCUCAGGCCUCCUUUUGGACAGCAGAAGAGGUUGAUUUGUCAAAGGACCUUCCUCAUUGGAACAAGCUGAAAGCAGAUGAAAAACACUUUAUCUCUCAUAUUUUGGCAUUUUUUGCAGCCAGCGAUGGAAUUGUAAAUGAAAACCUGGUGGCGCGUUUUAGUCAGGAGGUGCAGAUCCCAGAAGCUCGUUGUUUCUAUGGCUUUCAGAUUCUUAUUGAGAACAUUCACUCAGAGAUGUACAGCUUGCUCAUAGACACUUACAUCAAAGAUCCUGAGAAAAGGGAUUUCUUAUUUAAUGCUAUUGAAACAAUGCCUUGUGUCAAGAAGAAAGCAGACUGGGCUCUGAAGUGGAUUGAUGACAGAGAAUCCACUUUUGGUGAGAGAGUGGUUGCCUUUGCUGCAGUUGAAGGCAUCUUCUUUUCGGGUUCCUUUGCUGCUAUAUUUUGGCUGAAGAAGAGGGGCCUGAUGCCUGGACUGACUUUCUCCAAUGAACUUAUUAGCAGAGAUGAGGGUCUACACUGUGAUUUUGCUUGUCUAAUGUUCCAUUAUUUAGUGAACAGACCGUCAGAAGAGCGGGUCUGUGAGAUCAUCGUUAAUGCUGUUGAAAUUGAGCAGGAGUUUCUAACAGAGGCGUUACCUGUAGGUCUGAUUGGAAUGAAUUGCACUUUGAUGAAGCAAUACAUCGAAUUUGUUGCAGACCGGUUACUAAUGGAGCUCGGGUUCUCAAAGGUCUUUCAUGCAGAAAAUCCUUUUGAUUUCAUGGAGAAUAUUUCUCUGGAAGGAAAAACAAAUUUCUUUGAGAAGCGAGUUUCAGAAUAUCAACGUUUUGCUGUUAUGGCAGAAACCAUGGACAAUGUCUUCACUUUGGAUGCAGAUUUUUGAUAACUUGGCAAAUGAAUGGUGUCUGUCUUCCCCACCCCAUCUCACUUUCUGCUGUGAAGUUGUCUUCACUUCCUCUCCUGGAAUUGGGAGUCUGCUGGGAUUUUUUUCUUGAGUUUUCAUGUUGCUUGUCUGAGGAGUAAAUCUAUUUCUCUGUCAUUUAAAAAAAAAAGAGGGAUCCUUUUUAAAAAAUUUCUACAGCUUUUUAAAAGGAUAACCUUUUUAAGAUUCCCUUGACUCAUCUGCUGUGAUUGCUGUCUUUAAAAAUUACCUGGGUACUACUACUUUUUAAAGAUUUUGGUAGUGUUUUAAGAAAGCAAACUGCGCCUUUACCUCAUUUUACAGUAUUUUAAUCUGAAAACCAGAUGAGGUAUCACUCUGUGUAUAUAUGUUGCUAUAAAUUAUUUUCAUGUUUUCUGUUUUCAUGUUUAUAGACUUGUCUAGAGUAAAAGCUCUUCCAUUUUGUUCUGCUGCAGAUAGAGUAAUUAGUGAAUGUGGGAAGACAUUAAUAAGGUAUGAACUAUAAAAUCUUAUUAAACCCAGAGGGAUACAGUUUGAUCUCCCCAUUAACCUGGGUUCUAUCUUAAAACAUUUUUACUCUGUUUGCGAAUCUGAUGACUGUUGGUAGGAGUUUAAAUCAAAUACUGAUGAUUUUUGUCUUACAGCUGUUAUUGAACAGAUCAAUUGACUGAAUGGUCCUUGAAAAGGCAAGCCUGUUAAUAGUGGAGGAAAACCACAUCUUGUAGUUCUUUGGCUUGUGCUGCCUGUUUUUCCCUGCUUCUCUGAACAAGUGCCUUAUUAAGCAGGCUGUAGUUGCACUGAGUUGUAAGCGGCAUCUGACACUGGAACAGCCAGCUCUGGGAGUUGUCUGUCUUCCUUCUGUGAUGCUGGAUGGUUUGAUAUUCUCCCCUUCUCAGUUUCACUUUUGCAUUAGUGGAGCGAGAAGGCUUAUCAUUCCAAGGUAUUAUCCCUUGAGGUGCUACAAACAUACUACUUGGGCUGUAAGGAAGCACCAAUGAUGUAUGAAGGUACUUCAAGUUGUGUGUUUAAUGUGAAGCAUUGUUGUCACAGAAGAGCUGCUGGAGGAAGGUGUUAAACUGUUCAAAACCAAAUCUUAAAGUAGUAUGGAUUAGCAGCACUUAUAAAGGAUUGCUGUUUGGUUUUUGGUCUGUUCCAGUGUGUGCCUGAAAACUUUUUAAAAUUUCUUGAUGUCAGAUGCAGAGAAUGGAGCGAUUGAAGAAUAGUUAACAUACUGUGGUGGUACUUGGAAUGGAAGGGAUACUAUUCAGUCAUAGGUGGAUUAUUUGCAAAUAGAUGUGCUCAUUUUUUUCAAAGGUGAAGUGAAUGUACAUGAGCUAGGCAAAGGGCUCUGCUUUACUAAACCCAAGCAUUUUUCAUAAUGUUCAGAGAUUUGUUUAAGAGCUUAUGUAAGUAUUUCUUAUUGUUGCAGAUAUCUUGUGCUGCUUUUGAUAUGCGUGGCAUGAGAUGAGCUGACAGCCCUGGGGUUAUUGGUGAUGGGGUGGUAUAAGUGUUAUUUCCUGGCUAGCCCAGAUCAGCCUUGACCCUGGGUGCUUGAGUUCUGUGAAAUAGGUCUGCUGCCUUAGUGUAGUUCCUAGUGAACUGUUGUAAAAAUAACUCCCUGGUGUAAAAAUAAGCAGCAAAACUGACUCUCUUUGUUCGGUUUCAGUAAAAGAUCAGGAGUAUGUAAUGAGCAUGGAAAUGGGAUGAAUUAUUUUUCCCUAGAGUCUGCAUCAUUUGACAUAAGGCACUUGCAGAGGGCAGAGGGGGACCUGGAGAAUAGAGAGAAAAGCUGGAACUGGUGUCCCUCACUAAUUUUCUGCAACUGCAAGAGAAGUAUGGACUGGAAGAGAAAAUCCAGUGCCUUUUGGAAAUACUGUGUUGAUGGGGGAGAAAGAGAAAAUAUUGUAAAUGGGUCUGUUGUUGGAGGAAUGGAACCUAUUUUUAUGUCACUAAAAGUCCUAAAAAACAUUUGUUUUGAGUGUUGUGAGGUAAGAUGAGAGUAUACAGAAUAUUCAAAUAUGAAAAUGCUAUGUGCUCAGGUUCUGUAAAUGUAUAUGAGAUACCAAAGUCUGGUACAACAGCUCCCACUCCAUUUGUGUGUAAAAGACAUGUGUAGUUUCAAUAAAAAUUGAAUGUGGAGA